UUUUUCCCUUGUUCUCCACCGCGACCUGUCCAAACCAAGCCAAAGGGAAAGGAAGGAAUCUCUUCAUUUCCUUUAAGCCAUUGAAGAAAGUGAUGCGAUGAUAACUCUUACCAGAGUGAAUAUAUGCACAGCGAGAACCAGGGGCUCUCAAUCCUUGGCUCGAUUCGUGCGAUCUAUCGAAAAGCGCUUUGUGCAAAUCCAAACGCCGCCACCGCAAGAUACCAAAGUGAAAAUCAAUGCCGCCAAUGUGCAACUACUAUCUCCUUCACUGCACGCCCAGAUCUUUGGGAAAUAUGCUGAUCCUCGGGAAGAUAAAGCCGAGCAUAUCAAUGAACGAGUCGAGUAUGCCAAAGAACAUUUGACCUUGCAGAAUAUUUGGGGAAAAAAGGCCGAUACUCAGCCACCCAUCGAUCUCAAGUUGCCUUCCAUGUACGGUCGUGAUAUCGAGGAACAUUUCAUGCGAAUUGGCUUGGAACAGUCGGAAGGUUAUUUGCAAAAAUCUGAGCAAUUUGCAAAUCAGCAGUUGCCCGCCAUGCCCACCCAAUGGUCGCGCAACAGUGGUUGGACACGGUAUGCAUCCGAUGGUACAGUCACAUCUGUACCGUAUCCAUUGGAAGAGACAUUCGCAUUUGACGUGGAAGUGCUUGUCAAAGAAGGUCAUUAUCCUACCAUGGCCGUCGCCGCUUCAUCCGAAGCGUGGUAUUCCUGGACAUCUCCUUAUUUAUUCGGUGAAAGCAAGCACAAGGAGCAUCUCAUUCCUCUGGGGCACGAACGUCAACGGUUGGUAAUUGGACACAAUGUGGGUUAUGAUCGAUCCCGAGUCGCCGAAGAAUACAGCCGUGUACCUUCGGGCAUACGUUACAUCGACACCAUGAGUCUGCAUAUCGCCGUGGCAGGUUUAUGUUCCCAGCAGCGUCCGGCGUGGCUAUCGGAAGUGAAACGACGGAAUCAUGAUCGUGUCGACGCCAUGCCAUCCAACACCGAAUCUCCUUCAUCCACAGGCGAAGAAUUGCAACGCAUGGAUAUCGGCCAAGCCAAAUUUUUUGAUGUCAGUACACUCAACAGCUUGAAAGACGUGGGCAAAUUUUACUGCAAUGUCAAUGUCGACAAAAACGAACGAUCAUAUUUUGUCACUGGCUCCCUCCAAGAUAUCCAAGAAAAUUUUGACAGUCUGAUGCGUUACUGUGCCAAGGAUGUGGACUUGACUCAUCAGAUCUACAGAGUGGUGUUCCCUCGUUAUCGCCAAAAUUGCCCUCAUCCUGUUUCCUUUGCCGGUAUGCUGCACAUGGGGAAUUCAUUCUUGACCGUCACAGAAAAGUGGGACAAGUAUUUGGCCCAAUCGGUCCAAAAGCAUCAAGAACUUCACGAUAUGCUCGACGUGAAACUGCGAGAUUUGGCGGCAAAGGCGUGUGAGCUGGUGAACGAGCCCGAAGUAUGGCAGAGCGAUCCGUGGUUGAGCCAGCUGGAUUGGUUCGUCAAUCCUCGUCAGCGAAAAUUGAAGGGCGCGCCCAAAUGGUACAAGGAUGCCUACGACAGCAAAACGGGAAAACUGAAAAUCUCCACACGAUCUCGCGUAGCGCCUCUACUUUUACGCUUGAAAUGGCAAAACUUCCCUCUUCACUAUCUGCCUUCGUUUGGUUGGUGCUAUAAAUUGCCCCCGGGCCAAGUGACCCAGAAUAUGGUGGAUAAAAUUGUCUAUCAAGACGAGAAUUAUGUGUAUUGCAAAGUUCCUCACAAAGACGGCGAAUCGGCCAACUGCGGCAAUCCGCUGGCGAAGAAUUAUAUCAGCUAUUUCGAGGAGAAAGUGCUGACGUCCGAGUUUGCGGCAGCAAGAGAAGCUUUGGAAUUGAACGCUAAAUCCGCUUAUUGGAUCAGUUCGCGGGAACGCAUAUUGAAUCAGUUCGUCGUGUGGGAUACCAAUCCCAACGUAUCCAUGGCGUUACCGAAACAGUCCAAGGACAAGAACCUUGAAGCCAAAUACGGAAUCAUCUUGCCGCAAAUGGUCGUGAUGGGUACAGUCACACGCCGUGCUGUUGAAAAGACGUGGCUGACAGCCAGCAACGCCAAAGCCAAUCGUAUCGGAUCCGAGCUGAAAUCGAUGGUGCAAGCGCCCGAGGGGUAUAAAAUUGUCGGUGCCGAUGUGGACUCUGAAGAAUUAUGGAUUUCGAGUGUGAUCAGUGAUGCUCAGUUUGGUUUCCAUGGCGCCACAGCCUUGGGCUGGAUGACACUGCAGGGUAGUAAAUCGGAAGGCACCGAUUUGCAUUCCAAAACGGCCCAAAUUCUCGGCAUCAACCGUGACAAGGCAAAAAUUUUCAACUAUGCGCGUAUCUACGGUGCAGGUGUCAAAUAUGCGGCGAGUUUACUCAUGCAGUAUAACCAGGGAAUGGAUUUGGAAGCAGCCAAGCAGCGUGCCAUGGAUCUGUAUUCGAGUACCAAGGGAGAAAAGGAACAUUCCGUGCGAAAUCGAUUCAAACGAACCUACUGGCACGGCGGGUCGGAAAGUUACAUGUUCAAUGCUCUCGAAGAUAUAGCGUUAUCAAAGGAACCACGCACGCCUGUACUUGGAUGUGCUGUCACUGAUGCUCUGAAGCCACGUUAUACUGGUUCUCAAUUCCUCACCUCGCGUAUCAACUGGGUUGUACAAAGCUCUGGUGUCGAUUAUCUCCAUUUGCUCAUUGCCUCGAUGGCUCAUCUCAUUGAUCGAUAUCAAAUCGAUGCACGAUUCAUGCUCUCAGUUCAUGACGAAGUUCGUUAUCUUUCCUCGGAAAAAGAUCAAUAUCGAACCGCCUUGGCGCUGCAAGUCGCCAACUUGUGGACACGUGCCAUGUUUAGUCACAAAAUUGGCAUCAAGGACCUACCUCAGAGUGUGGCCUUCUUUUCGAGUGUGGAUAUCGAUCAUGUUUUACGCAAGGAACCGAAUAUGACGUGCGUCACACCGUCGCAUGAGGAUAAAAUUGAAGAAGGAAUCAGUUGUGACUUGAACGAUGCAUUGGACAAGUUGGAAAGCCUUACAAAUCUUCAUCGCGAAAAGGAUUGUCUUCUCGGCGAAGAACGACCUACAGCGGGCCUAGUCUACGAAGAUGAUACGAUCAAAGAAAUGGUGCAGCAUCAGCAUCAAGUCCAGGGUAAACGGAAACCGUGUUCGCUUGCGUUCUUGGAAGCACAGAUGCACAAGUCGUCUGAAAAGAGCCCUGAUUAUCGACAGCACGGCGGUGGCGAGACCAAAGAGAAAGUCCAAGCGGACGAGGCCAUCCCCAUCCUCCCCCCUGCACCGAUUCGUCACGAUACCCGUCCAGCCCGAUUGACGCGAAAGAUGAAAUUCUAUAUUUGAGCGAUUGCUUUCGCAAUCUCUGGGCGCUCUCUUUUUUUUUGUAUAUACUCCGAUUCUGUAAAGUACCUUCUCAUACAUGCAUCCUGUUUUAAUUUAUUGGUUUCCCAUUGCUGGAAUUCGCAUCCUUCAUUUUGAAGUACUCUUGAUUCCUCCAAAAAAUAUACAUGCAAC